AUGUAUUUUGGCAGAGACGACCGGCUGCGCUGGAGAGGUACGUGGGGUCAACCCGUGAUCCGCUUCCUUGCCCGCUUCAUCUUGUGCUGGCCAUACGAGACCAAACUCGCCUCGAGGAAUCCCGCUCGUCAUUUUCCUGUAACCGCCGAAGCAGUCAUCUUCUGGGGUGCCGAUCGUCCUUUUGACCCGACGGCAGAAGCCUGGCAUACAUGCAUCUCAUGUUUGUUGAAUCGCAUUCUUGACGAUCUCAAAGCUAUUGCCAAUGACCGUUACGACUCAUUGGUCGAGCUUCUCAAGCAUGUUGAUGACUACAUUCGCUUUCACGAUUCCAAGAAUGGUUCUAAUGCCUUUUUCUCUGUAACUCGAAGUAUUUAG